AUGGUGAGGGCAACCUUUGUGUUCUGCUUGGCUGUGGCCCAGCUCCUGGGGAGACUCUCGGCAAUUCGCGUCCAUUGCCGGCAUGUGGAGCGCAUUCAUGAGGACCACAUCCACUACUGCUGCAAGCAUCCCGACGGGCAUGACGAGGUUACCGAGAUGUGCGCCAAGCAGACAAGUUUCCGACUACCUUCCACCGAGGAAGAGGCCAUGGAGGAUGUCACCGUGGAUCAGGCCAUGGUGGGCACCUGCUGGGGCAAGUGCGUCUUCGAUCACUACAAGCUGCUGGACAGCAACGACUCCCUGGACAUGAUUGCCGUCCACACCCACUACAAGAAGUACCACAAAACGGAUGCCGAGUACGAGACGGAAAUGCUGAACGCAUUCCAGAAAUGCCACUCCAAUACUGAGGAUGCCGCAUCGCAGUUUCUGUCUCUGCCCAUUGUGAGGGCCUUCGGCACGGGGAAAUUUUGCAAGCCCGCCUCCAGUGUGAUCCUCUCUUGUGUGAUAUACAAUUUCUUCCACAACUGCCCCCAGAGCCGUUGGUCGAAUUCCACCGAAUGCGAGGAGACGCGGGCCUUUGCCAAGAAGUGCAAAGAUGUCCUAACCACCAUGUGAGGAAGGGACUUUUAAGGAAAGUCUUCGAAAACACUUGAGAAAACAUGCUUUUAUGGGUACAGAAAUCAUUAAAGGAUCAUUGAAAUAUAUAGAUUGA